UGACUUUUGGGGCCGAACGGUUCAGUCGACCCUSACAGGAGGAACCGUCUGGGGCCGAACGCUGGUUCAGCUGGAGAGCAGACAUGAAGAGGAUGGUCCCUCACUGCUCCAGGUGGGCCGAGAGACGAUCCACCGUGGUUUAUGCGGUCCGCGCAGCCACUUUCGGCUCCUGGAGGAUGCUGACCCAGGGGGCGGAGUACGAGGACGCCUGGGCCCCGUCACCUGACAGAAAGCGCGGCCUUUCAAAACCGCUGGAUGAAGAGAACCCGGACCCAGCGGAAGGUGGCCCCGAUGAGCCGCAUGAGCCAUGUUGGAGAGCUGACCACGGAGUCCCGGAGCAGAAAUACGACACCGUUUUACAGCUGGAUGGAGUUAGCAGAGCGGCUGCGAGGGACGGUGUCCGCCGGGUGGUCUGGAAGCACGACACACUGAACGGAUCCCCGCUGGUCAGAAUGGCCCGCUUCGCUGACGAUCUCCCCACCCGCUAUGGAGGAAGCGCAGGCGGCGGAGGGCGAGGAGGAGGACCGGGCGCUCCGGGGAGGGGGCCCGCCCGGGGCGCGCAGAGGAUGUACAAACAGUCGAUGGCCCAGAGAGCCCGAACCAUGGCCAUAUACAACCCGAACCCCGUCAAGCAGAACUGCUUCACGGUCAACCGCUCCCUCUUCAUCUUCCGAGAGGACAACCUGAUCAGGAAGUACGCCAAGCGGAUCACAGAGUGGCCUCCCUUUGAGUACAUGAUCCUGGCAACCAUUAUCGCCAACUGCAUCGUCCUGGCCCUGGAGCAGCAUCUACCAGCGAGUGACAAGACACCCAUGUCUGAACGCCUGGACGACACAGAGCCCUACUUUAUUGGAAUAUUCUGUUUCGAGGCGGCCAUUAAGAUCAUCGCCCUGGGCUUUGCAUUUCACAAAGGCUCCUACCUCCGCAACGGCUGGAAUGUAAUGGACUUCGUGGUCGUCCUCACAGGGAUCCUGGCCACCGUGGGUUCGGACUUCGACCUGAGAACGCUGCGAGCCGUCCGAGUUCUGAGACCCCUCAAACUGGUGUCGGGAAUCCCCAGCCUCCAGGUGGUGUUGAAGUCCAUAAUGAAAGCCAUGGUUCCUCUGCUUCAGAUCGGCCUGCUGCUCUUCUUCGCCAUCGUCAUGUUUGCCAUCAUCGGGGUGGAGUUUUACAUGGGCAAGUUCCACCACACCUGCUUCAAGCCCACAGGGGAGAUCGCAGUCUACAGGCCUUGUGGCGGACCACCAGCCAGAGAAUGUCCCAAUGGGACCACCUGUAAAGAGUACUGGAAAGGACCAAAUUUUGGCAUCACCAACUUCGACAACAUCCUGUUUGCGGUGCUCACCGUGUUCCAGUGCAUCACUAUGGAGGGCUGGGUGGACGUGCUCUACAGCACGAACGACGCCAUAGGGAACUCGUGGAACUGGCUGUACUUCAUCCCGCUCAUCAUCAUCGGCUCCUUCUUCAUGCUCAACYUGGUGCUCGGUGUUCUGUCAGGAGAAUUUGCCAAAGAGMGAGAGCGYGUGGAGAAGAGGCAGGAGUUCCUGAAGCUUCGGCGGCAGCAGCAGAUCGAGCGAGAACUCACCGGCUACCUGGAGUGGAUCUGCAAAGCAGAGGAGGUGCUGCUGGAGGAGGAGGACGAGAUCGCGGUGGAGAAGUCCCCGCUGGACGGAGCGUGGUACAAGAGGAACCAGAACCUGUCAGUUCUGAAAAGAGGCAAAAUCAAGAAAGGUAAAAACGACUUGAUCGGUGCAGAAGAGGGCGAGGAUCCCUUCGCUGACAUGUCGUCUGUUGUUCCUCCUGGCUCUCCGUUCGGCCGGGCUAGCGUGAAAAGCAGCGGGAAGAUGGACAGCUCCUCUUAUUUCCACCGUAAAGAGAAGAGGUUCCGCUUCUUCAUCCGCAGAAUGGUGAAAGCUCAGAGUUUCUACUGGAUCGUUCUGUGCCUGGUGGGCCUCAACACGCUGUGUGUGGCCAUCGUGCACUACGACCAGCCCGACUGGCUGACCAGAGCUCUCUACACGGCGGAGUUUGUGUUCCUGGGUUUGUUUCUGACGGAGAUGACUCUGAAGAUGUACGGCCUCGGAGGAAGAAAUUACUUCCACUCCUCCUUCAACUGCUUUGACUUUGGGGUGAUUGUGGGAAGUAUCUGUGAGGUCAUCUGGGACAUGAUCAAACCAGGAGCAUCGUUUGGCAUCAGUGUGCUGCGGGCCUUAAGACUUCUGAGGAUUUUCAAAGUCACCAAGUACUGGAACUCGUUGAGGAAUCUCGUGGUUUCCCUCCUGAACUCCAUGAAGUCCAUCAUCAGUUUGCUCUUCCUCCUCUUCCUCUUCAUCGUGGUGUUUGCCUUGUUGGGGAUGCAGCUCUUCGGAGGACAGUUUAACUUUGAGGAUGAGACACCGACAACAAACUUUGAUACGUUUCCAGCAGCAAUUCUCACCGUGUUUCAGAUUCUGACCGGUGAGGACUGGAACGCUGUGAUGUACCACGGCAUCGAGUCUCAGGGAGGCGUUCGACGCGGCAUGUUCUCCUCCAUCUACUUCAUCGUCCUCACRCUCUUUGGAAACUACACUCUCCUGAAUGUCUUCUUGGCUAUCGCUGUUGAUAACCUCGCCAACGCCCAGGAGCUCACUAAGGACGAAGAGGAGCAGGAAGAGGCAGCCAAUAAGAAGCUGGCCUUGCAGAAAGCUCUGGAGGUGAAGGAAGUCAGCCCCAUGUCAGCCGCCAACAUUUCCAUCGCCGCUUUUGUAAAGCAAAAUCGAGAUGCACUGUCUCACAGGUCGUCCAUCAUCAGCAUUCAGUCACCCAAGGAGCAGCAGCGGUCUGCAAAGGCCAUGUCCGUGUGGGAGCAGAGGACCAACCAGCUGAGGAAACACAACAUGAAGACCAGCACCGAGGCCCUGUUUAACGAGCUGGACUCCGAGGAGCGCCUCCGGAUGUCCACCUCCCUCCACCUACACCCCGACAUGACAACCCACACGGACCGGCCGCUUGUGGUGGAAACCAGCGACGGCGACAAAACCAGCUCAGGAGGUCCGGAGGAGCCGGCGGGGCCCCGAUACGACGGGCUGGGUGACGGCUUCCAUGUCCACUCCAGGAGGCAUCAUCGCCACCGUGACAAGAGCGGCGAGGGAGGCGACGGUCGAGGAGGGAAGCACCACGCUCAUCACCGGAGAGAGCACAACCCAGACGGUGAGAACCGCCGGCACCACCAAGCCGGAUCCCCCGAGAGGGACGACAGUGAUGUACGAGGAGGAGCAGAGGAAAGAGGGCACCGCCACCAUCGCUCUCAUCGAACUCCAAGAGAYGGAAAUGGACGUUUGGUCAACGGAGCUCAAGAGGAGGGCAGAGGGAGAGGAGAGAACAACGCAGAGAGGCAGAUCAGAUACUCUCGCUUGGCCAAAGCUCAGUCAACUUUGACGGGAGACGACUGUAGGAGGAACAAUGGAUCGAGGAGCUGCCGGGAGAGGCAGGCAGAAACCGAGGAGGACAGCCUCGCCGGCAGUCCGUUACAGCUGAAGAGGAGCAGUUUGACCCCCAGCGAAAAACAGGAAGACGCCGACAACCAGAAGAACUCCACCAGAGCCAGCCAGGCCGGACUCAACAGCAACACUAUCCACAUCCCCGUUACCAUCACCGGCCCACCUGGAGACACCACCUUCAUACCCAUGAACAACAUUGAUUGUGACAACUUCCAGCUCAGUGAGGAGAAGAAAGAUCUGGAAGAGGAGGAGGAGGAGGCGACUAACGGGCCUCGGCAGAUACUCCCCUACAGCUCCAUGUUCAUCUUUGGACAGACGAACCCCGUGCGACGCCUGUGCCACUACGUGGUCAACCUGCGCUACUUUGAGAUGUGCAUCCUGUUGGUCAUCACCAUGAGCAGCAUCACGCUGGCAGCCGAGGACCCCGUGCAGACCAACGCGCCACGCAACAAUGUGUUGAAAUAUCUGGAUUACAUUUUUACAGGAGUCUUCACUUUUGAGAUGGUGAUUAAGAUGAUUGACCUGGGGCUGCUCCUCCACCCCGGCUCUUAUUUCCGUGACCUGUGGAACAUUCUGGACUUCAUCGUGGUCAGCGGGGCUCUGGUGGCGUUCGCCUGCUCGAGCCUUAUGGGAUCGCAACAAAGCGUGGCCAGAGGGACCAAAGGGAAGGACAUCAACACCAUCAAGUCCCUUCGAGUCCUCCGAGUCCUGCGGCCACUCAAGACCAUCAAGAGGCUGCCGAAGCUCAAGGCCGUGUUCGACUGUGUGGUGAACUCUCUGAAGAACGUGCUCAACAUCCUCAUCGUCUACAUCCUCUUCAUGUUCAUCUUUGCCGUCAUCGCCGUGCAGCUCUUCAAGGGCAAGUUUUUCUACUGCACCGACGAGUCCAAGGGCCUGCAGAAAGACUGCAGAGGUCAGUUCCUGGAUUAUGACAGAGACGAUGUGACGGCUCAGCUCAGAGAGUGGAAGAAGUAUGAGUUUCACUACGACAACAUCCUCUGGGCUUUCCUGACGCUCUUCACCGUCUCCACUGGGGAAGGCUGGCCGCUGGUCCUGAAGCACUCGGUGGACGCCACCUACGAGGACCAGGGCCCCAGCCCGGGCUUCCGCAUGGAGACGUCCAUCUUCUACGUGGUCUACUUCGUGGUGUUCCCCUUCUUCUUCGUCAACAUUUUCGUGGCUUUGAUCAUCAUCACCUUCCAGGAGCAAGGAGACAAGGCCAUGUCCGAGUGCAGCUUGGAGAAGAACGAGAGAGCYUGUAUUGACUUUGCCAUCAACGCCAGGCCUCUGACGAGGUACAUGCCAGAGAACAAGGAGUCCUUCCAGUACAAGAUGUGGAAGUUUGUCGUCUCGUCGCCUUUCGAGUACGCCAUCAUGACUCUGAUCGCUCUCAACACGGUCGUGUUGAUGAUGAAGUUCUACGACGCCCCACUCGCGUACGAGUUGAUGCUGAAAUACCUGAACAUCAUCUUCACCGGCCUCUUCACGCUGGAGUGCAUCCUGAAGAUUAUUGCUUUUAAUCCUCUGAACUACCUGAAAGAACCCUGGAACGUCUUUGACUUUGUGACUGUUAUCGGAUCCAUCACAGACAUUCUGUUCACAGAAAUAAAU